GAGUGGGCGGAGCUCCAGCCUGUCUGCCCGGGCAUUGUGCGCCCUUCUUCGCCCGCCGCUGCCCGCGGAGAUGCUGCGCUUGCUGCUUGCGCUGCUUUUGCGCGCGAUCCUGAGCCCGGCCGACGGAUCGCGCCUCGCGGAGCAGCUCCGCCCGGCCGACGAGCUGCUGGCGGCCGGGGCCGAGGCGUACAGCCGCGGGGACUGGCCCGGGGUCAUCCUGCACAUGGAGCGGGCGCUGCGGGCGCGGGGGGCGCACCGGGAGCGCCUGGCCGGCUGCCGCUCGGGCUGCGCCGCCAACCACUCGGCCGAGGAUCCCGCGCAGGAACCGCGCCGUCCGCUGGGCGACCUGCGCUUCUUCCGGCAGCUGCUCCGCCGCGCAGCCUGCCUCCGCCGCUGCCUGCCGGACAGCCCGUCCCGCUACCAGCUGGGCGAGGAGGUGAACCUGGAGUUCCGCAAGCGCAGCCCCUACAACUACCUCCAAGUGGCUUAUUUCAAGAUCAAUAAACUGAGCAAGGCCGUAGCAGCUGCCCAGACAUUUUUCUCGGCCAAUCCGGACCACGCCGAGAUGCGCCAGAACCUGGCUUAUUACCAGAUGAUGGUUGGUGUCAAAGACUCGGAUUUUGUCGAUUUGGAGGCUAAGCCCCACAUGCAAGAUUUCCACCUGGGUGUGAGUUACUACACAGAGGAGAAUCCUCAGGCAGCCAUUUUGCACCUGGAGAAGGCACUGAACGAGUACUGGGUAGCUGACGCCGAGUGCCGGGCCCUCUGCGAAGACCCGUAUAACUACGAUGGUUACAACUACCUCGAAUACAAUGCUGAUUUCUAUCAAGCCUUUAUCGAUCAUUACACCCAAGUGUUGAGUUGCAGGCAAGGCUGUGUGAACGAGCUGGCACAGGAAGCCGGUCAACCCGACGAAGAUUUCCUCCCGUCUCAUUUCAACUAUCUGCAGUUUGCAUAUUACAACAGUGGCAACUACGGGAAGGCCGUUGAAUGCGCGAAAACCUACCUGCUCUUUUUCCCAAACGACGACGUGAUGAAGCAAAACGUGGCUUAUUACGCAGCCAUGCUGGGGGAGCACCUGGCCGAGCACAUUGGGCCCAGAGAGAAAGUCCAGCUUUAUCACCGGCGCAGUCUUUUAGAGAAGGAAUUGCUAUUUUUCGCGUAUGACACCUUUGGGGUUCCUUUCAUCGACCCGGACACGUGGACCCCGGAAGAAGUGAUUCCCAGAAGGCUUCAGGAAAAACAAAAGAUUGAACGUGAGACGGCGGCUCGGAUCUCUGAGGAGAUCGGUAAUCUCAUGAAGGAGAUUGAGCAUCUGGUGGAGGGGAAAACCAAGGAAUCUUCCGACAUGAGUAAACUCGUACGGGAAGGGGGUCCAUUGGUGUAUGACGAGCUCAAGGUGACCAUGAACUCCAAAGUCCUGAACGGGUCCCAGCGUGUGGUGGUGGACGGGCUCCUCUCCGAAGAAGAGUGCCGGAUGUUGCAAAGGCUCACGAAUGCAGCGGCUUCGGCAGGGGACGGUUAUAGGGGCCAAACUUCCCCCCACACGCCCAGCGAGACCUUCUAUGGGGUGACGGUCCUCAAAGCCCUCAAGCUGGGGCAGGAAGGCCGAGUCCCCAUGCAGAGCGCCUACCUCUACUACAAUGCCACGGAGAAAGUCCGUCGUGUGAUGGAAUCCUAUUUCCGCCUGGAUGCCCCUCUGCAUUUCUCCUAUUCUCACCUGGUGUGCCGGACGGCCAUCGAAGAUAAGCAGGCGGACCGGACGGAUCCCAGCCACCCUGUCCAUGUGGACAACUGCAUCCUCAACGCCGAGGCUAUGGUGUGCGUCAAGGAGCCCCCCGCAUACACCUUUCGGGACUACAGCGCCAUACUUUAUCUAAACGGCGAUUUUGAAGGAGGAGAAUUCUAUUUUACCGAGUUGGAUGCCACCACCGUGACGGCAGAGGUGAGACCCCACUGCGGCCGGGCGGUGGGCUUCUCAGCCGGAUCGGAAAACCCACACGGUGUGAAAGCCGUCACAAAGGGCCAACGCUGCGCCAUCGCCUUGUGGUUUACGCUGGACCCCCGCCAGAGCGAACGGGAGAGGAUACAAGCCGAUGAUUUGGUUCGGAUGCUCUUCAAAACCGAAGAAACCAAAUUGCCCCCCGAAACGGGACCAAGCCCGGAAGAGGCCGAAACGCCCCCCAAAGAGGCUGAAAAGAAAGACGAACUAUAGCUCAAUAUCUGGGGUGCACAGCUGGUUCAAACAGCAGGAUUUGGGGGCACCGAAACAAUGGGGUGUGGAUUAUUGGUCUCGGGGGCGAGAGAGAGAGAAAAUUGACUAUAAACAGCUCCCAGAAUAUAGGCAGGAGAUAUCGGGGUGCCCCCUUUCCCCAUUCCUCGAAGGACGGUGCUUGCAAAGUCAUAGGGGACCUUGGAGGUCCUCUAGUCCACCCCCCUGCCCCUCAUACUGCUUCGGAUAAAAAAAAUUCCUGCAAAACUUCCAUCUCCAGGAGACAGGCUGUUCCUGUCCCUUAAUAGUCCUCGACUUAGUGACCGUUCAAAGCUACAAUGGUGCUGAAAAAAGGGGGAUUUAGGGCCAGUGUUUCAAACUUACGACCGUCGCAGCCGGGAUCAAAAUUCAAGUGUUUGGCAUUUACUCGCUGUAAAUGCAUUUUUUGCAACGCUCUUGGCUCAAGUUGCUUUUGAACUCUCUUAACGCAAAGAGGAUAUUUUGAGCCGGACAAAUUUGAGACCGGAGAGAGAAGAAAAAUUUAAUUAAAGAAAGGAAAGGCAAGGUAUAUUUAAGGCGUGCACUUCAUCAAAAGAUUAAAAUGCUUGAGAAAACAGCCUGGUUUGUGAUCGGCCGACAAAAAAAAAAAAAAAACAGACCCACAAAAAAAACGGAAAAGUGAAACAAUUGGGCUUUAUUGAAUGUAUUUCACGAGACGGGAAGCUUUCUCGUCAUGGAGGGAGCGAAACACUGCAGAGAGAAGCAGGGAGAAAUUCUCAUUUUUCUAGAAAAAUCAGUAAUGUCCUGACCUAAGACACUACUACAGCUCCCAUCAUUCCCAGCCCGGAAGAGAAUGAUAAAUGCUCCCCAAACUUGGCAAUUUCCUUGGCAGCAAAUUGGAUGGAGCUUGGUCUCCUCCAGAAGUAACAGCGAGCAGUUGGUGACUUAACUGCCUAUCCUUGGACUACCUCUCCCAUCAUCCCCGCCUCUUGCCAAUCGGCAAGCGGGCAUUUAUUAAGAAGCCCUUUGCCCGGUUUUACCAUCUCGCUUUUCAACUGGAGUUUCUUUGUCAUCCUUUGGGGCAGGACAUCCUGCAGCCACGCCAAGCAAACCAUGGUUUAUCAUUUAAGCCUUCCAUGCUGGCUUGGUGUUUUUUUUUUCAAACAAACCAGGGUGGGUGAAGCUGGCUAGUGGAGGCAUGUUUGCCCCAGUUGGAGAGGGAGGAGAAACAAAAAAGCUGUAAUGCACCAUGUUCUCAAAAUUCUAAAUCCCGGAAUGACCAAUUGCUCCUUCCCUCGUGUGUAAUUCUCACUCGUCUCCAACUUGCAAAUAUUUAACCGUUCUCAUUAACAAUCCAGUCACGCUCAACUUCUUGGUUUCACCUUAAAUCUGCUCGUAAGCAGGUCAGCUGCUUCUCAGGUUACGACCGUUCCCAGAAUUCCAAAGGAAUUCACGCGUUUUCCCCCCCCCUUAGACUACCACAGGGCAGCAUUGCUGGGGUGGCCCUUGACAGCUGUCUGUUCUCGCCUACGACCAUUUUCCAGUCCAUCCCUUCGCCUCCGUUGUUAAGCAAAUCAGUGCAGGGCGUCGUUAAGCGAAUCCAACUUCCUCUGUUGACUUUGUUGGUUUGGGGGGGUGUGUGUUUAUGUGUGUUUGCAAAUGGCGAUCACCCGAACCCGGGAUGCUGCAGACUAUUGUAAAUACAUGCCAGUUAUCAAGAGCCGAAUUUUCUUCCUGUGGGAGUGACGCUACGGCAGCUGUAAGUACGAGGACCGCCUUUUCCAGCCUUGUUGUAACUUUGAACGGUUUCUAAGUGAAGUAUAAGUAAUCCUUGACUUAACAAACAUUUGCCCAACAUUUAUGUUGCUAAGGGGAAACAACAGUUAGGUGUGUUUGGGCCCCAUUUUACAACUUUUCUUAACCCCUGUUAAGCAGAUCGUUGCAUUUGUUAAGUUACACAAUUGUGAAGCGAAACUGGGCUUCCCCCGUUGACUUUGAUUGUCAGAAAGUCACAAAAGGGGAUCACGUGACCCUGGGGGACACUGCGACCAUCAUAAAUACGAGUCAGUGGCCAAACAUCUGAAUUUGGACCACAUGAUUGUAGCCACUGUCAUUUUAAGUGUGAAAAACUUAAUGUCAGUCACUUUUUUCAGUGGCAACGCCCCUAAAAGAAUUGUUUGAACUUUGAACUGUCCCUAAAUGAAUCGUAAGUUGAGGACUACCUGUAUUAUGUCCAAUAAUUGGAAAAAUACAUUAUUGUUUCAGUUC